AUGGACCCAAGUAACACUACAUAUAGUAGUUUGGCUCGCGAGCUAGCUAAUAGAAGCUUGAUGGCUGUAGUACUGGAAUCAACGAUUGCCUUUCUCAUGUUAUUUCUCGGUUUUUCAGGAAAUGUGCUGGUUUGUCUAGCCGUCUGCCGUAACCCUGCUCUCCGCACGUCCUGCAAUUAUCUCAUCGUCUCUUUAGCCAUCACAGAUGUGGCUAUGAUGCUUUGUUGCUCACCAUUUAGYCUGGUAGUAGUGAUAACAGGGCGUAUGAUAUUCCCCGACUUGCUCUGUCAGGCUCAGGCCUACAUGAUCCUUGCCUUUGCCAGUAUUUCUCUUGUUACUCUAACACAAGCAACCAUUUAUAGAUAUCUCAAGGUGGUCCAUCCUGCUCGCUGCUUCAACAUCCAAACUGUACGGCUUGUAAUCACCCUCACGUGGAUCCUCUUUCUUUUUUUCCCAAGCGUUUAUUUUUUCUCGGAAAAAGCCAUGUUUUACCCGGGUGAACUGUAUUGUUUCAUAAGAAUAGAGGAAAUGUCCAAAGUCCUCGUAUUAACAGCAACACUCAUAUUCUCUGUAAUCCCGCUUAGUAUCAUAACAUUCUGCUAUAGUAUGGUCUUUGCUAAAGUUCGAAAACACAAGCAAAAUACAAGGAAAAAUAUCCAUGCUUCUACCAGACGUCCUCAAGCUAGUCACUUCAGUCCAGAAGAAGCACGGGUUACCAUGAUUCUAGUCGCCGUUGUUAUUGGUUUUGUGAUUUGUUGGACGCCUGUUUUCUGUGUCAGGUUACUCUCUUUUUACAAAGUGUCUCUUCCCAGAAAGGUUCACCUGAUGUCUACUGCUUUUGCAGCCAUGAGCUCUUGCGUCAACCCCUUCAUAUAUGGGGUUCUCAAUAGAGACUUUAAAAAUGAAUUUAAAAAGAUUCUUGCGAGGUUUAGCUGUAGAUCUGUUGUAGUGGCACCGGCAUGCGAUCAACAUCCUUAA